CCCGAGGGCAUCCCGGCCCGGCCCGGUCCUGCCGCGGGGGCCAUGGGCUGGGCCAGGCCAGGCCGAGGGCACAGGGCGCCCGCCCGGGGGUGCGGGCCCAUUGCUGCCCGGGGGCUGAGGGUGCGGGUCGAUUGGUGCCAGGGGUGCGGGUCCAGCAGUGCGGAGGCUGGGGGUGAGGGUCCAGUGGUGCUGGGGGCUGGGGGUGCAGAUCCAGUGGUACCCAGGGGCCAAGGGUGCGGGUCCAGUGGUGCUGGGAGUCAGGGGCAUGGGUUCAGCGGUGCCUGGGGCCUUGGGGUGAGUCCAGCAGUGCUUGGGGGCUGGGGGUGUGGGUCCAGCGGUGCCAGGGGCUGGGACUCGGGGGCAGAGGCACAGGGACGUGGGGUGUGCAGUGGCAUCUCUGGGGCAGGGCUUGCACCCGGGUCCAGGUGACAGGAUCGGGCCCGUGGCUGCAGCCCAGUGUGGGGCUCGAGCUGCUUUUGGUCGUGCCCGGGGGGCAGCAUCGGGCGGUGCUCUUGGGGCCUCGGCCACUCACCCACCCUGCACGCCGCUGGCCUGGUGCAGGCCGGAGCGAUUUGCGCUCUGCUCCGGCAGCUCCUCCUACACUGGCACCGGCUCAGGCUUCACGGGCUAAAAAUACCGCGCGGGCUGGCCUCAGCAGACACGGGAUUAGUCUGGCUGGGGCAGGGCUGUGCGGACAUGCCUCGAUGGGGCACCGGCUGCAGCGCCCACCUGCUGCAGACGGGGGGUCCCGUGGGCGUCCGGCUGUGCCGCCUCGCCGUGCCCGCGGCUUCCGGCCAGGUCGGUCCCUGUGGCUCCCCGGCAUGAAGCUGAAGAAGCAGGUGACGGUGUGCGGCGCCGCCAUCUUCUGCGUGGCCGUCUUCUCGCUCUACCUGAUGCUGGACCGCGUGCAGCACGACCCUGCCCGGCACCAGCAUGGGGGCAACUUCCCCAGGAGCCAGAUCUCGGUGCUGCAGAACCGCAUCGAGCAGCUGGAGCAGCUGCUGGAGGAGAACCACGAGAUCAUCAGCCACAUCAAGGACUCGGUGCUGGAGCUGACGGCCCACGCGGAGGGGCCGCCGCUGCUGCUGCCCUACCACACGCCCAACGGCUCCUGGGUGCUGCCCCCCGAGGCGCGGCCCAGCUUCUUCUCCAUCUCCCCGCAGGACUGCCAGUUCGCCCUGGGCAGCAAGGGCCACAAGACGGAGCUGCAGAUGCUGGCCGUGUACUCGCUCCUGCCCUUUGACAACCAGGACGGCGGGGUGUGGAAGCAGGGCUUCGACAUCACCUACGAGCCGCACGAGUGGGACGACGAGCCCCUGCAGGUCUUCGUGGUCCCGCACUCCCACAACGACCCAGGUUGGAUCAAGACCUUCGACAAGUACUACUAUGACCAGACACAGCACAUCCUGAACAGCAUGGUGCUGAAGAUGCAGGAGGACCCGCGCCGCCGCUUCAUCUGGUCCGAGAUCUCCUUCUUCUCCAAGUGGUGGGAUAACAUCAGCUCCCAGAAGCGGGCCGCUGUGCGCAGGCUGGUUGGGAAUGGGCAGCUGGAGAUGGUGACGGGCGGCUGGGUGAUGCCCGACGAGGCCAAUUCCCACUACUUUGCCAUGAUCGACCAGCUCAUCGAGGGGCACCAGUGGCUGGAGAAGAACAUCGGUGUGACCCCGCGGUCUGGUUGGGCAGUGGACCCCUUUGGGCUCAGCCCCACCAUGCCCUACCUGCUGAAGCGCGCCAACCUGACCAGCAUGCUCAUCCAGCGCGUGCACUACGCCAUCAAGAAGCACUUUGCCGCCACCCAGAACCUGGAGUUCAUGUGGAGACAGACCUGGGAUCCGGACUCCAGCACCGACAUCUUCUGCCACAUGAUGCCCUUCUACAGCUAUGACGUGCCCCACACCUGCGGCCCUGACCCCAAGAUCUGCUGCCAGUUCGAUUUCAAGCGCCUGCCUGGUGGGAGGAUCAACUGCCCCUGGAAGGUGCCGCCCAGAGCCAUCACCGACGCCAACGUGGCCGAGAGGGCACAGCUGCUGCUGGACCAGUACCGCAAGAAGUCCAAGCUGUACCGCAGCAAGGUGCUGCUGGUGCCGCUGGGCGACGACUUCCGCUACGACAAGCCCCAGGAGUGGGACGCCCAGUUCCUCAACUACCAGCGCCUCUUCGACUUUCUCAACGCCCGCCCUGGCCUCCACGUGCAGGCGCAGUUCGGGACCCUCUCCGAUUACUUCGACGCCCUCUACAAACGGACGGGCAUUGUGCCCGGGAUGCGGCCGCCCGGGUUCCCGGUGCUGAGCGGCGACUUCUUCUCCUACGCGGACCGCGAGGAUCACUACUGGACCGGCUACUACACCUCCCGGCCCUUCUACAAGAGCUUGGACCGUGUGCUAGAGUCCCACCUCCGGGGCGCUGAGAUCCUGUACAGCCUGGCGCUGAGCCACGCGCGGCAUGCUGGCAUGGACAGCCGGUACCCGCUGGCGGACUACGCACUGCUGACCCUCCCUCGGGGCUCGGCCCCGCACGCCCCGCGGCCCAGGCUGCUCCACUCCCUGAUGAACCUGAAGCGCGUCAUCAUCAACGCCGCCCACUACCUGGUGCUGGGGGACAAGGAUGCCUACCACUACGACCCUGCCGCCCCCUUCCUCGGCACGGACGAGACGCGGCUCAACCAGGACUCGCUCCCGGAGAAAACCGUCAUCAAGGUGGACGAGGUGCCCAGGUUCGUGGUCGUGUUCAACCCGCUGGAGCAGGAGCGGCUGGGCGUGGUGUCGCUGCUCGUGGACGCGCCGCGCGUGCGGGUGCUGACGGAGGAUGGGCAGCCCCUGGCCAUGCAGCUCAGCGCCCACUGGACCUCCGCCACCGACAUGAUGCCCAACGUCUACCAGGUGUCGGUGCCAGCCCGGGUGCCAGCGCUGGGCCUGGCCGUGCUGCAGCUGAGCCGUGCCUUUGAGGGCCACGCCACACUGACGGCCUCCACCCACCUGCACCUGCACGGCCGUGACCUGCCCGUGCGCAAGCAUGAUGCCCUGCCGCUGCGCGUGCUGCCCAUCGCCGCCAGCGACUUCUGCCUCGAGACCCAGCACCUGCGCGCCUGCUUCGCCGGCCCCACCGGCCUCCUCCAGAGCGUGCGGCGGGCAGGCGAGGAGCAGGACCAGCGACUGAGCAGCGAGUUCUUCAUCUACGGCACCCGGACCUCCAAGGACAAGAGCGGGGCCUACCUCUUCCUGCCCGACGGCGGGGCCAAGCCCUAUGCCCCCAAGGACCCCCCCAUAGUGCGCGUGACCGAGGGACCCUUCUUCUCGGAGGUGGCGAGCUACUACCAGCACGUGCAGCAGGUGGUGCGGCUCUACAACGUGCCAGGGGUGGAGGGGCUGUCCCUGGAGGUGUCCUGCCUGGUGGACAUCCGUGACCAUGUCAACAAGGAGCUGGCGCUGCGCUUCAGCACCGACAUCGAGAGCGAGGACACCUUCUUCACCGACCUCAACGGCUUCCAGAUCCAGCCGCGCCGCUACCUGAAGAAGCUGCCGCUCCAAGCCAACUUCUACCCCAUGCCGGCCAUGGCCUACAUCCAGGACAAGCGGAGCCGCCUGACGCUGCACACGGCCCAGGCGCUGGGGGUGUCCAGCCUGAGCAGCGGCCAGCUGGAGGUGAUCCUGGACCGGCGGCUCGUGCAGGACGACAACCGCGGGCUGGGCCAGGGGCUGAAGGACAACAAACGGACGUGGAGCCGCUUCCGGCUCCUGCUGGAGCGCCGCACCACGGCCAACAAGCCCUCCGGCUUCUUGUCCAAGCUGGCCUCCGUGUUUAGAGACCUGGCCGCCCCGGGCACCAGCGCUGGCAGCCAAGAGGUGCAGGACAGCCGCCCCACCAGCUUCCCGUCGCUGCUGAGCCAUGCCACCUCCAUGCACCUCAAUGCCGAGGUCCUGGUGAUGCCUGUGGCCCAGGAGAAGACGGCGCUGCCUGCCCUGCGCUCCUUCCUGCCCCUGGCCAGCACUGUGCCCUGCGACUUCCACAUCCUCAACCUCCGCACGCUGCAGGCCGAGGACGACUCGCUGCCCUCAGCUGAGGCCGCCCUGAUCCUGCACCGCAAGGGCUUCGACUGUGGGCUGGAGGCCAAGAACCUGGGCUUCAACUGCACCACCAGCCAGGGCAAGCUGGUGCUGGGGAGCCUGUUCCAGGGGCUGGAGCUGGGCUCUCUCCAGCCCACCUCACUGACACUGAUGUACCCGCUGGGCACCGCCUCCGCCAACAACACUGUGAUCCACCUGGAGCCCAUGGAAAUCGCCACCUUCCGCCUCCGCUUCGGAUAGGCCCUGCCACGGAGCGCGAGCGGCCCCGGGCAUGGCAGGGCCCCACUGGGGGCAUGGGCGACUCCCGGGCAGCAGGAGAUCUGGCCGGGCUGCCGCACGAGGGCAGCUGGACUCGUAGACCCGUGGCUGCUGUUUGUGACUCUGCGCCCCAGCCCGUCCGGAAGGGGCAGAGGCAUGGCCGUGCCGGGCGGGACUGGCAGGCAUCGCUGCCCGGCGGCUGCCUGCGCCUGGGCGCGACGGAUGGACCCCGUGCUUGGACUGGGGCGGGCGUGGUGGCUCCCGGGGCAGGAGCGCAGCGGUGGCAGGACCCUGCUGCCCCAGCAGGGAGGUGUGAUGUGUCUCCGGCACCUCCCAGCCCCAGGAGCAGAUGCUGGAGCCUGCUGGGCUGGGGCGAGGCCCGACCGUGCCCCCCAGCGUGGUGCAGCGCUGCCCCCGGGGCGCAGGACGGGCUGCCAGCCGGGGCCGUGAUGGACUGCACGGGGCAGAGACCGAGUUGGCUGAGCACAUCAUGAGCUUCUAGGAAACAA